CCUCUUCCCGACUGUCUUCCAUUUGUAAAUUCAUUUAUUUUCAUUGGUAGCGCGGCCACUAGAGUAUCUGGUCAAUAUAAUGGAGAAUCUGUGAUGAAGUUCAUUUUUCACAGUUGGUGAUGGCGGGUGUUGUCGAAAUCGACACCAUGAAGAAUUACCACAUAGCCUUUGAGAGAAUAGACCCCGAUACGAGCCGUUACCCCUACUGUAUUGUGUGGACACCUAUCCCCGUACUAUCAUGGCUGCUUCCAUUCAUUGGGCACAUGGGAAUCUGCACCUCUUCUGGUAUCAUCCGGGACUUUGCUGGGCCCUACUUUGUCUCUGAAGACAACAUGGCCUUUGGGAGACCAACAAAGUACUGGAUGCUGGACGUAGCCAAGGUGUAUGCUAGUGGCUCCAACGCCUGGGACACAGCAGUGCAUGACGCCUCAGAAGAGUACAAAAACAGAAUGCACAACCUCUGCUGUGACAACUGUCACUCCCAUGUGGCCAUGGCUCUGAACCUGAUGCGCUAUGAGAACAAGACCUCGUGGAACAUGAUCAACCUCUGUCUGCUCUCCCUAGUCCACGGAAAACACGUCAGCUGUGCAGGGUUCUUGAAGACCUGGCUUCCCUUCCUCAUGUUGCUGGGUAUUAUCCUGACUGUGGCUCUGACCAUUAACCUGCGGUGACCAGCCAACCAGGUGGGAGGACACAGCUUACAGGGUGGGAAGGGGGAGGGACUCCUUGCAGGAGGGGGAUGAGGGAGAUGGGGGUUGAGUGAGGUGAGAGCACACACGGGGAGGAGGGACCCCCUGCAGGUUGGAACUUGAGGUGGGAGGUGUCACUCUACACCUACUCUAACCUGCUUGUGAGGACAGAGAGGAAACAAAGACAUGGAACUGUGACAUCCCAGCAACAAACAAACCAAUGAGAGAAGGGCAAUAACAUCCUCCUCUCGACUAAACACAAAGCCUGCUUGUUUCUAGGACCAGGCAACCUGGCUUUCAAUGGUGGCGGAUGGCAAUUUAGUUUUUUGUUUAUUUUGGCAUUGAUGUUAAUUGUUCUUGAUGGACGGUAGCUUACUUAUAAAUGUUUUAAUCCCCCUCCACACACAUCCCAACCCCAUGCAGUUUUCAAAUGUUUUGAUUUUCAAUUAAGUCCUACUAUGGGGGGUAUAGACCUUCAUAAUUUCUAGGUAAUGGAUGAUGUUGCAGGUUCUGUAGACUAGAGGAAUGAUGGUAGUGGUGAAGGGGGCAGAGGUUGUUCUUUCUUUCAGGGGUAGUAGUCUUGUCUCCCACAGCGACAGCAGCAUCCGUCUCUUUCUCUCUCUGCCAUGCUGAAACGAACACCCACCAUCCAUCUAAUGACAUGGGACUGAUGAUGACUCAGUGCUUCCCAUACUCCAUCUUGAUGUUUGGAACAGAAAACAUGACAUUUCCCUUUUAAUGCCUUUCAAGGAAUGUGCUAUUGCGUUGGCAUUUUAUACUUGGAUUGAUACAGUUCCUAUUUCUGCAACUUUUAAUAGCCUGUGAUUCACCAUGAGUGAUUUGUUGUUACAAUUAAUUGAAUAUAUUUACUACAUUGGAGUUUAUCCAGGAUAAUAAUUCUCAAAACUCUGCUAUAAACAAGUGAUGCUUCAUAUCUUGUAUAAUAUCUGAGUCUAAUUUAACUGCUUUUAUCUGCAUCUUAUUAAAAUAUUUCAAUUUUUCUUAACUCGAUUGACAAUUAUGUUUAGACCUGUUUUAAUGAUGGCUCUUUUUGAAACAGGAUUAUAGAUUUCAGAUAAUCUCAUUAAGUGUGUUGGAUUAUUUGGAUACUUCCUACGGUUGCCAUGGUAACCUCUGUGGCACCCUGGACUCAUAACUCUGGACUGCAGAUGGGAAUGAAAUGCAUGAUGUUCUGGAAUGCUGCAGAGUUCAUUUGUGUUCUAGAAUGUGAGCGUGCCAAAUGUAGAGCUUCCUGGUCCCUACAGGAGAGGGAUCACCGCUUUCUGAUCUGUUCCACACGCAAACUUUAACCCCAAUGUGCCCCAGAAGAAAGAAGUACCUCUGAAACCUGGCUCUGCCUGGGUUGACAAAUUGAAAGUAAUUCAUAUAGUUGGUGCAUGGAAGAACACGGGUCUUCCUGGAUAACAUGUAUGUGCAUGAAAGGCUCAAUUUAUAUCAAACUACAUUUUUAGACCGUACCAUCUAUAUUGAUUUUGUAUGUAGCAGCCUACUUUCAAACACUGGCUAAUCCUAGAUCAGGGGUUCCCAAACUUGGUCCCGGGGCCUCCCCUGGAUGCACGUUUUGGUUUUUGCCCUAGCACUAAACGGAUGAUUCAAAUAACCAAUCAUCAAGCGUUGAUUAUUUGAAUCAGCUGUGUAGUUCUAGGGCAAAGACCAAAACGUGCACCCAUGGGGGGCCUCUGCACCGCGUUUGGGAAACCCUGUCCUAGACGAUGAUUGGCACACAAAAUCUAAUGACAUGGCUUUCUUCUGCGGUGGCAGGUUCAAAUCCCCUCAUUGUUUGAGUGAAAGCGCUGAGCCUUGAGCCUUUUCUCUUUAUCUGUGGAGCUGCCAGAAGCAGCAGGUAGCCUGCUGGCUCCUCCAGGUUUACACACCCAUACCCUUGUCACACUACAGAGCUGUCUUUGGCUUAAUAUCCUGUGGUCUCCUCCUGUGCCAGAGAAAGUUUCACUCCUGUCUCAAAUGAGAUUAGGACAUAGUGAAAUGCCAAUGCAUCUCUACGCAGCCCUUUUCACAUUCCUGCUUCUUUCUCUCUAGUUGGACUUUAUUAUUUGAAAUUCCAGUAAAUGUGAUAUAUGUCGAUCUACUACUGCAAUAACCCCAAAUUGUAUGUAAACCCCCCCCCCCCAAAAAAAACAAUGUUUAGAUUUGUAUAGGAAGUCUAUAAAGAUCCUCCUUUGCUUUCCAUUACAUUCACAGUCAAGGCAGUUUUACACUACUUCUGUACCUGUUGGUGAUUUUAUGCGAGAUGCCAAUUCUUUCCAGGGUAUUUACAUUCCUUUGGUGUGCUUAUGGCGUCUUUCUCAUCUUUCUUCUUCCUUUCAUGUUCAUGUGUGAAUAUUAGACCAAGUGCUAUUGUCUUAGGUUUGAUUAUUUUACAUUUACAUUUAAGUCAUUAUAAUCUCAAAUAUCCUGUUUAAUUCUCUGUUUUAAUUUAUAUUGUAAAUUAACUAUCCUCCUUAAUUCCCUUCAUUUUCUACAUGCAAUGCCAUAUGAUACAAUAUCAAAACUCAUCACUGUUCUGCAAUGAAGCAAUUUUGUGCCUGAAUGCAUGAAUGCGUGUGUGUCAAGACGCGUGUGGGCGUGUACAUGCAUGACGGCCGGUUGUGCAUGUCCUGGCUGCGUGUUCUAUGUCUUUGUGGACAUAACUAUUUACUUGAAUCCUGUGGCUUUUUGGGGAAUUGACGAUAACUGCAUAUGAUAUAUUUAUUACCCAAAUUGUUAUCUAAAAUGAUGUAAGUUGAUAAGGUUAUAGUACGUAAUAAACUAGACUGUAAUGAACCUUUUUAAAUGAUCCAUAGUUGACCCAAGUUUCCCAGUCUUGAUAUUAGUUGUGUCUACACUCUUAGACAAAAGGGUUCCAAAAGGAUGCUUCAGCUGUCCCCGUAGGAGAACCCUUUUUGGUUUGGCGUAGAACGCUCUGUGGAAAAGGUUCUACAUGGAACCCAAAGGGGUUUUACUUGGAACCAAAUAGACCUGGAACCAAAAAGGAUUCUUCAAAGAGUUCUCCUAUGGACAUCAGGUCAAUCUUGAGGGAAUCUUAUUUGAGUCCGAUAAGGAUGUUCAUAUGAUAGGCUCUCUGCAAGGUAUUGUAUAGUUUACCUAUCCAACUGACAAUCUCUUAGGAAAAAAUAUAAAUGAUCAGAACCAAGACUUAAAAAUAACUGAUAUUGGCACAAGAUGGAGGGUAUGUUGGAUCAUAACAAGGUUACAGUUAACUAAAAUUAACGUAUGCAUAGAAUUUAUUAUACAAGAGACAACAUUCACAAAUUCUAAAGCAGAAUGGCAAGAAUCAUGUCUGAAGUGUAAAACUAAUAAUUACUCAAUCCAUGCCUUCUGGGAAUGCUAUAAAGUCAGAAAGUUAUAGGCGGAGUGAAAGUUGGCUGUCAGAAGUAUUACAGUGUAAAUGUACUUUUAAUCCAUCUGUCUGUAUAUUUUAAGACAUGGUAUACUGUAUGAGGGUGCAGUGAGAUACCCAAUGGGUUGGACCAUACAUUUCUCGCCAAUCAUCUUUAAAAAAAAUAUACUUAAAGACUGGAAAUCGACCAAUACUCCGUAAUUUACGCAAUGGAAAGUUCAAAUGCUUUAUCUAAAUGUUGAAAGUGCGUGGGCUACAGAGAGAAACAAAAUGGUGCCGUUUGAGGCCGUGUGGCAUAAAGGGAUGUGGGCGCUGGAGAUGGGGGUGUGUGCUAGUGGGUCUGGGCAGGUGUGAUGUAAUUGAUGUUUGUAUGAUGUUUUGUAUGUGUAAAUUGUUUUUAAAAAUUAAGUUCUCCAGUGGGGACAGCCGAAGAACCCUUUUAGGUUCUACAGUAGCUCUUUUUUUCAAAGAGUGUAGGAAAUGCCAUGUAAUAGAAAGGUAGAUUAAAAUUAACAGCAGAAGGAUUGCAUCUCCUUUCUGACAUCAUUGAUGACUGAUAUUGUCGUUGAGUGAUGAGCAUCACCUGAGAUGCAGGAGAAUAGCUCUGCUCAGUGUUAACAAACCGACUGGGGCUUGAAAACAGUGCUUAAGUAACAAAAGUGGUCCCUGUUUUUUGUGUACUGUCAUCAAAUUGUGUACUAUGUCAUCCAUUUUGUAUCAUAAACUAUAAAGAGUAUUCAGACCGCUUUCUUUUUUCUACAUUUUGUUACGUUACAGCCUUAUUCUGAAAUAGAUUAAAUAGUUUUUCUCCCCUCAUCAAUCUACACACAAUACCCCAUAAUGACAAAGCAUGCACUGUAUACAAAAGUAUGUGGACACCCCUUCAAAUUUGUGGAUUUGGCUAUUUCAGCCACACCCAUUGCUGACAGGUGUAUAAAAUUGAGCACACAGCCAUACAAUAUCCAUAGACAAACAUUGGCGGUAGAAUGGCCUUACUGAAGAACUCAGUGGCGGCCUCCCGAGUGGCGCAGCCAUCUAAGGAACUGCGUCUCAGUGUUGCGGCGACAACUACAGCCUGGGGUUCGAUCCCUAGCAACUCCUUGUGGCUGGCCGGGUGCCUGCAGGCUGACUUCGGUCGUCAGUUGAAUGGUGUUUCCUCCGACACAUUGGUGCAGCUGGCUUCCGGGUUAAGCGAGCGAGUGUUAACAAGCGGGGCUUGGCGAGUCAUGUUUCAGAGGACGCAUGACUCAACCAUCGCCUCUCCCGAGCCUGUUGGGUAGUUACAGCGAUAAGAAAAAUAAAAAAAGAGCUCAGUGUCUUUCAACUUGGCAUAGUCAUAGAAUGCCACCUUGCCAAAUAGUCAGUUCGUCAAAAUUAUGCCCUGCUAGAGCUGCACCGGUAAACUGUAAGUUCUGUCAUUGUGAAGUGAAAACAUCUAGGAGCAACAAUGGCUCAGCCAUAAAGUCGUAGGCCACACAAGCUCACAGAACGUGACCGCCGGGUGCUGAAGUGCGUAGCCUGUAAAAAUUGUCUGUCCUUGGUUGCAACACUCACUACCGAGUUCCAAACAUCCUCUGGAAGCAACGUCAGCCAUGCACAAGAACUGUUUGCCGGGAGCUUCAAGAAUUGUGUUCCCAGAGCCGAGCAGCCACACACAAGCCUAAGAUCACCAUGCGCAAUGCCAAGCUUCGGCUGGAGUGGUGAAAAUCUUGCCGCCAUUGAACUCUGGAGCAGUGGAAACGCGUUCUCUGGAGUGAUGAAUCACGCUUCACCAUCUGGCAGUCCGACAGACGAAUCUGGGUUUGGCGGAUGCCAGGAGAAUGCUACCUGCCCGAAUGCAUAGUGCCAGCUGUAAAGUUUGGUGGAGGAGGAAUAAUGGUCUGGGGCUCUUUUUAAAUGACAUGUAACUGGUUCGGGAUAGGCUCCUUAGUUCCAGUGAAGGGAAAUCUUAUUGAUACAACCUACAAUGACAUUCUAGACGAUUCUGUGCUUUCAACUUUGUGGCAACAGUUUGGGGAAGGCCCUUUCCUAUUUCAGCAUGACAAUGCCCCCUCUGCACAAAGCGAGGUCCAUACAGAAAUAUUUUUUUGAGCCUGGUGUGUAAGAACUUGACUGGCGUGCACAGAGCUCUGACCUCAACCCCAUCAAACAUCUUUGGGAUGAAUUGGAACGACGACUGCGAGCUAGGCCUAAUCGCCCAACAUCAGUGCCCGACCUCACUAAUGCUCCCAAAGGGGGGACCAACUCCAUAUUAAUUCCCAUGAUUUUGGAAUGAGAUGUUCGACAAGCAGGUGUCCACAUACUUUUGGUCAUGUAUGUAUGUCCUGCAACAACAAAAAAUGUAACAUAUGAUAUGAAAUGGAGGAGGAGAAAUAAUCCAAUUUAACUAUAUGUUACCUAUUUGUUCUGUUUAAGAUCCUAGCGUGAGCCUUUAUUUUCAAAUUAUUUAUUUUACCCCAGUUUCUCCCCAAUUGGUAGUUACAGUCUUGUCUCAUCGCUGCAACUCCCAUACAGACUUGGGAGAGGUGAAGGUCGAGAACCGUGCGUCCUCCGAAACACAACCCAACCAAGCCGCACUGCUUCUUGACACAAUGCCCACUUAACUCGGAAGCCAGCCGCACCAAUGUGUCGGAGGAAACACCGUACACCUGGCAACUGUCAGCAUGCACUGCACCCGGCCCGCCACAGGAGUCGCUAGUGAACGAAGGGACAAGGACAUCCCUGCCGGCCAAACCCUCCCCUAACCCAGGCGACACUAAGCCAAUUGUGCGCUGCCCCAUGGGUCUCCCGGUUGCGGCCGGCUGUGAAAGAGCCUGGACCCGAACCCAGAAUCUCUAGUGGCACAGCUAGCACUGUGAUGCAGUGCCUUAGACCACUGCGCCACUCGGGAGGCCCAGGGUGAAUCUUUAAGUGGAAUUGAUUUAGUCCUGAUAGGUGGGCAAUUUGAGAAUGAGAAUUUAGAGGCAAGAUUGGAUGUAAAUUGGGGCCUUGAUUCCAUUCUGAAGCCUUACUCCUUUCCUCUAAUGGAAAACAGAGAAGAAAGCAUGUUUUUUUUUUUUAUGUGCAAUGGAACCACUCCUAUUUAAACUUGUACCAGAGUUCACCGGUUUGUUCAAGAAUCUGUUCUAGAAUCAGUAAGACUUCAGAGUGUAGAUGAAUCGAUACUAGAUGCUCUUUCCUCCGGUUGUAACUAGGUGCUGGGUUGUGGAAUGUGGACACCUGUGGUUUCACACAUUCAGUCUGCUAACAAAAGACAGUUGGGAUGCUAUUAUGACUGAGGGCCAAUAAUCAUAUAAAGUCAUACAAAUCCUAACACCAAUACACUUCUUUUGUUCUUUAAAUCCCUUGAAAUGUCACUAUGCUGCCUAAGAUUAGGAGUUCUGUUUUCCCAUGAAAGAAUAUGCAAGGGACUGAGUGAACUAUGAAUGUAUUUAAAUGCCAUGUAACUAUGAUACCAAUAAAGACGUUUAUUUAUUGUA